CCUAAACCGUCCACAAUCAGUGCUCCUGCACUAACUUUGUAACACGUUGUUAUCGCGGGUCGAGAUCUCCGCUGAGCGGAGUUUCCCCUUUAAGAGCGUGUCUUCGGGGUGGCGCUUUCUCCCAUCAAGGCUUCUUGAUAUUAAUAGCGCCGCUGUGUCUUCCUCUUCUGACGUAAUGCCCACAGCUAGCCUACAGACAGACGAGCAGAAAGGUCCUGUCACAGCUAGGCGAUAACACUAGUCUGAAAAACACACAACCUAGCCGCUCUGCCCUGCUUUGGCGUGACCAGCAAAAUCCCGGCGCAGAGCCGCUUAACAUUGCCAUCGUUACCACAUCGGAAUUGCGUAGUUUCAGAGCCAAAUCACCCACUAAACAGUCGGUAUUAGCCUAGUUUGAUACGCUGCCGUGGAGCCUUAACUCUACCUCUCUUCCCCCCCUUCUCAGACCCAACAGACAAGCCAAGAAACAGUCACCCCGAAUCGACAUCAUCAACAAACAAAAAAAAAGCCCACAAAGAGAGACGAAGCAGCCAGCCAGCAAAACCAUCCAGCCACCAUCUUAACAGGCUGCUCAGAGAGAGAGAGAGAGACAAACACAGAGACACAGGGCUAAUGCUGGUCUGAUCAACAGGUUUCCAUGGUGAUGACGGCAUCGAUGCCAGCGCAGGCCUGACCGCCGCCCCCGCCCCUCACCCCCCCCCUCCUCCCCCAGCAGCACCACCACCGCCACCCCCCAGUACCAGAGGUGACCGGCGAUGCCUUGCUCAUGAGAACCUAGAACAGUAUUACCAGCUCCUCCCUGCGGUGUGGAGUGGUGUGCUGGACGGUACAUGGAAUAUAUCAAGCGCGCCUAGUUGAAAAAUAACCAAGAGGGAAAACACACACGAGUUAAACACAAGGAGAGUGUGUGUGUGUGUGUGUCUUCGGAGGAGCGACGUUCGGACCCGACGCCGAGGGGACCUUUUGGAUAUCAGUGCCGAAGGCGGGCGGUCGGCGGGGGCUUAUCGGACCUUCGGGGGUUCGACGGCGGCGGUAAAUCCGACGCUGAGGCGCGGAGUCACGCGCGAAGAAGGACGGCGAUCGGACGAUAAGGCGGGACGCGCCCCCCCCACCCCACACCCCCAACGGCGGGAGCUGAUGCCAAGUCUGAGAGUGGACCGCCAUGACGCGAUUGUAACCUGAUGAUCAGCAAAGAGAUGGUGAGGAAAAAGAAUCCCCCGAUCCGGAGCGUGGGAGGCGAGGAGGAGGAGGAAGAGGAGGGGAGGAGGAGGAGGCCGACGACGGCGGGAGGAAGAGCAGCAGCAGGAGGCGGAGGAGGAGGAGGAGGAGGAGAGGAGGAAGACGAAGGGGAGGAGGAGGGCCGCGUUGGAGCCGAGGCCGACAGGAUCAUCCGACCCUCGGAGCCCGAGUCGUCGGGGCGGACGCGCGGCGACCGGGGGGAGGGCGACGACGAAGAGGAGGAGGAGGAAGAGGAGGAGGAGGAGGAAGAGGUCGGGAGCGAGUGCGUCUCCUCCUCCUCCGUCUCGCCGUCGUCGGUGGGGGUGCGCGACGACCGCUACAACCGCCGCCACGCCGGGCGGAAGGGAGCGGGCGGCGCCAAGCAGACGGACCGACGGACAGACCGCGGCCAAUCGGAGCCCGAGGGCGAGGGCGACCGGAAGGACCUAGAGAGGGAGGCGGGCGAGGACGAGGAGGGGGGAGACGGAGGAGGAGGGAGGGAGCGCCUGGCCGCCCAGCACCACCACCACCACCUCCUCCUCCUCCCGCCCCAGCCUCAGCUGUCGUCGCGGGAGACGGCCGGCGGCGAGGGCGGGCCCACGGCGGAGACUCCGCCCCUCUCGGCCAGCCCGUCGCCCAAGCUGCAGGACUUCAAGUGCAACGUGUGCGGCUACGGUUACUACGGCAACGACCCCGCCGACCUGGUGAAGCACUUCAGGAAGUACCACCUGGGCCUGCACAACCGCACGCGGCAGGAUGCGGCGCUGGACACUCACAUCCUGGCCCUGCACAACAUGGCGCCCCAGAUCACCCUGCCCGAUCUCCAGGCGGGCCAGGCCCAGAGGAUCCAAGCCAAAGACACGGGGAAGACGAGGCACGAGGCAUACGGGCAGCAGCACCGGGCGGCCAUGAUGAACGGGACGUACGAUGUACAGGUGACGCUGGGCGGAACCCUCAUCGGGAUCGGACGCAAGACGCCCGAUUGCCAGGGCAACACUAAAUACUUCCGCUGCAAAUUCUGCAACUUCACGUACAUGGGCAGCAGCUCCCUGGAACUCGAGCAGCAUUUCAUGACCUCGCACCCAAACAAGGUCAAAACCCCGCCCCCAACACCGCACCCGCUGGCCAAUCACAGCCUGGUGAGCCACGAGCUCCACACCAAGGACCGGGGCCUGCUCCUGGACGGCGUGGAGCGCACCGCAGUGAGGGCGGAAGACGAUUCGCUGGCCGGGUACUUCAUCCCGGUCAGGGGCGUCUCCGAUUCGCCGGGCUGGUCGGGGGAGGCGGGCCGGGGCGGCGUCAUGGCCUACUAUUGGUGCAAGUUCUGUAGCUGGAGCUGCGAGUGGGCCGGGGGUGCCGGGAAGCUCCUGGAGCACUACGAGCAGAGACACAGGACGAGCCCGGGGGGGGCUCUGAGCCCCAGACACUCCAACCACGGGGGGCUGGAGAGGGAGAGGGAGAGGGGAGGGAGGAGAGACGGAGACGAGAGAGACCACGGCGCCUUCAAGAGCCGGAAAGACCCGUCGUCCAACGUGAACCAAGAUCCGUCCGGCAGCGACCCGGAAGCGGUGGUGACCAGCUACAACUGCCAGCUGUGUGACUUCCGCUACUCCAUGGCCCACAGCGCCGAGGUGAUCGUGGUGGCUCCCCUGCUGCUACACUACCAGCACAGCCACAGCAUCCACCGCUGCUGCAUCCAGCACUGUCUCUACUGCCCCCAGGGGCUCUGCCAGCCCCACAAACACUUGGGAGAGGUGUCCCACCCCUUCGCCUGCUGCAAGCCCUCCUGCCCCAAGUGUUGCUCCAAGCUGACGGGGGACGGCGCCAUGGCGGGGAAACCGGGGAUGGUGACGUCGCCCAACGCCACCCCCACCCCCCCACCGGUGUUUCACCCCUCCAACCACCCUCCAGCCCAUCCUGAAGUCACGCAAGGCGUCACCCACCUGUGCGACCAGUGUGCCUACGCCACGGCCGACAUCGACGUCCUGCUCCAGCACUACGAGGGCUGCCAUUCGCUGAGCAGCCUGAAGGGGGCGUCGCCGCCACCGCGGAGGGUCAAGGCCGAGGACGGCGCGACGGCGGGGGAGAGGGACGGCGGCGGCGAGCGGGAGUUCUCCUGCACCAAGUGUCACUUCAUCACCGAGGUGGAGGAGGAGAUCUUCAGACACUACAGGCGCGUCCACGCCUGCUGCCGCUGCCGCCGCUGCGACUUCACCGCGCCCGACUCCUCCUCCCUCCUGGACCACUUCAACUCCGCCCACUGCCGCGAGUCCUCGCCCUCCUCCGGCCCCCGCCGCUCCUCCCCGUCGCCGUCGUCGACGACGACGACGACGACGACCAACUCGGUCAUCGCGGCCUCGGCGGCGGCGGCGGCGUCCUUGGCCAACGGCUGCUCGGCGCCCUCCACCCUGUCCAUCAAGGAGGAGAGCAAGGGGGACCUGCGGCUCCUGUACUCCCUGGCCCCCCCCGAGGGGCGGCUGGCCGAGGGGAGCCGCGAGGAGGGCCUGAAGGGCGAGGACAACGGCGGCCGGGGCGGGGGGCGGGAGCACGCCCACGGCCUCCUCUGGGUGCCCAAGGAGCGGGCGGGAGGCGACAGGGGCGCUGCGGGAGGAGGAGUAUCGCCCUCGCUCUUCUCCUCGCCGCUGUCGUACGUGGCGGCCAAUCACGAGGCUUCCCCUCAGCACAAGAGGGGCGUGGCCUCGCCCAGCAUGGUUUACCUGGGGGAGGGGAAGCCGUUUGGCGGAGGGAGGCACGGAGGAGCAGGUGGAGGAGGAGGAGGAGGAGGAGGAGGGGAGAAGCAGAGCCCCAUGACUCCCCAGCAGUACGUCGUGGGAGGAGGAGGAGGAGGAGGAGGAGGAGCCAGCAGUGCAGGGCAGGAGGCCAAAGGAAGCGCCGGGAAAGAGGAGUCCCAGUCUCUGCUGCGGCGGCGGCGGGGUAGUGGUGUGUUCUGUGCCAACUGUCUGACCACCAAGACGUCUCUGUGGAGGAAGAACGCCAACGGAGGCUACGUCUGCAACGCCUGCGGCCUCUACCAGAAGCUGCACUCGACGCCGCGUCCGCUGAACAUCAUCAAGCAGAACAACGGCGAGCAGAUCAUCCGGCGCCGCACCCGGAAGCGGCUGAACCCGGACUCUCUGGCGCCCGACAACGCCGCCCCGAAGCAGCAGCGCAUCGCCAGCGAGGACCGCCUCAACGGGGGGGAGGAGCUCGACCGCGGCUGCCCGCCAAUCAAGAACCAGCAGCCGUCGCCGCGCUCCCGGUCGCCGCGCUCCACCCAGGCCUUCCUGGCCAAUCAGACGCUAGAGAUCCACCGACGAAUGCCGCCGCUCCUGCUGCCCGCCCACCCGCCCACCUCGCUGGUAGCCGAGGGCAACGGUGGCAGCGGCGGUGUGGAGGCCGGGCUGGGCUCCAAGGGGGAGGGGGGAAAGGGGGGCGGGGGCUCGGAGAGGGGCAGCCCCAUAGAGAAGUACAUGCGGCCCUCCAAGCCGUCCAGCUACUCGCCCCCGGGGUCCCCCAUCGAGAAGUACCAGUACCCGCUCUUCUCCCUGCCCCUCCCCCUGGCCCUCUCCCCCGACCUCACCUCCGAGUCCGACUGGCUGCGCUUCUGGACCAAGUACAAGAUGGCCGCCGCCUCCGGGGUGCCCGGCCUGGGGGGCCUUGGCAACCCCGGGGCGUUGGGCGGCAACGCCCACUACCUGGGCGCCAUGGUUACGCCGAUGAUCCAGCAGCAGCAGCAGCUUCAGCACCAUCUCCAGCAGCAGCAGCAGCAGCAGCAGCAGCAGAGCUACAAGGUGCCUUACUGCGGCUCCUCCCCUUACUCCCCGCUGCCCCCCCCGCCCUCCGCCCCGCCACACUACCCCCCGCCCCCGCUCCACCCCCAGACCCCCAACCCCUCCUCGUCCUCCCUGUCCCCGGAGAACGACGCUCCGCUGGACCUGGCCAUGAGGCAGAGGGACUCGCCCAACGCCUCCGCCGCCGCCGCCAAUGCUAACGGCGCCGAGAAGAGGAGGCGGGCGUCGCCGCUGGUCGUCGAGAGGAGGAGGCGGAGGAGGGAGGAGGAGGUGAAGGAGGAGGCAGAGGAGAGGGCGGUGGAGAGGAUGGAGGAAGGAGGCGUGCGGAGAGACGAGGAACAGGAGCGGCAGCAGCCGCCGCCGCCGAGGGAGGAGGAGCAGGAGGAGGAGUCAGCGGCGAGCGAGCCCAGGGCGUCGGUGCUGAAGAGCCCGCCGUGCGCCCCCCCGUCGACGGCUCGCGCCCCCGCCACGGCGGAGGCGUCCACGCAGGACGACCUGGCCCACCGCUGCGUCCACUGCGGCAUCUAUUUCCUGGACGAGGUCAUGUACGCGUUGCACAUGAGUUGCCACGGCGACGGCGGCCCCCACCAGUGCGCCUUCUGCCUGCACGCGUGCGCCGACCGCUACGACUUCACCACGCACAUCCAGAGGGGGCUGCAUCGCUACGGCGACAAGGCCAAGGGGGACCUGCGGGAGGAGGUGGUGGAGGAGGAGGAGGAGGGCGACGCCCCCCAGGAGGAGACGGUCGUGCUGGAGGGCAAAGGUCAGCCGACGACGGCGGAGGCGGCGCCGGAGGAAGAGGAAGAUGACGACGGUGAGGAGGAGCGAGGCGAGGUCGCGCUGGAGGGCGGCGACGAUGCGGCAGGCGAGGGCCAACCCGACGGGGGGAAGGUUGCCGACGGUGACGGGGAUGAUGCUGAUGCUGAUGAAGACGGUACCACGGAGGCUGAGAGGGAGUCGGAGGAAGGUGUGCGUGACAUCAUCCCGGAGCAGGAAGCUAAGGGCGAGGCGGACGCCGACGGCGGUGAUGAUGAGGUAUCUUCAGAGACAAAGGUCACAGAGGUCACCGAGGAGAUGGAGCUCACCGAGGCGGAUGCGCCGGACGCCAGCUCUCCUGGGGACAUUCCGUCGUAGCCGGCUGAGCAGUGGCCGUCAGGGCUCCUCUCGGACUAACUCCAAUGGGCCCCCGAGGUCGACGCCUGAUUUGUUAAAAGGCUGGUCAUGUGAUUCGGUCAAAACCGAAAAAAAAAAAAAAAAGGGAUUUUCUUUUUUUUCUUUUGCCUGAUAGGAAUGGAAACCAUUUGGGAAUAUCGUGCUUAAGUCUGUUUCAGGAAACAGUCUGGUCAGAUGCCUAAUGAACAAUCGAUUGGUGGGAUUGAAGAUGAGACGCGAGUCGAAGGCCUGAAUGUUGAGGAUGAACUGCUCCUACUUUGUAUUCUCUGGCCUUUUGACUCUGAAGGAAGCUGCCCUUCACUUGCACAGUUGCCAUAUAAAGCAGAGUGGAAUAUACGUGGAAACAAGCUUUUCUUUCAAUGAGACUCAAAGCCCAGAUUCCAGCAAAAGCGAUCUCCUAACCCAGGUCCGAGAUAUGUUCGUACCCCAGUCCUACCUAAACCGAUUUCAAGGAUUUGCUCCGGUUCACACUCUGUAAAACCGGAUCAAACCUGAAUCUACUUUCAUUGCGUUGUGUUCCAGCUACUUCAUAGGAACUUUUUUAAUACACCUAAACUGGUCUUAACUCUCUAAAAACUAGGUGGUUAUUUUAGUUUUGUUUGUUUUAUAAAUCUGAUUAGCUGGUAUUUAUAACCUGGUGGUUAUAACCCCUGCCUUAUCGCGGCCAAAAUCUGAACCCUUUUCGAACAAAGACGCAAAGUAUGGCCGUCAGAGGAGAGCGGCCUACAAAGACUAGAGCCAAGAUGGGAAAUGGCGACAACUCAAACUGCAAAAAAAAGAAGGAAGAAAAUGCUUAAACUGGUUUAAGUUUUCUUUUUCGGAUGACUUUCGGAACGUGUUUAGUUUUGUUGCUGCAUUUAUUUCAAUGCUGUCUCGAUCUGGUCGGAACCUGUUUACACGGCUCUAAAAUCCAGUUGGAACCGGUGAGGCAGCAGUGGACCCGAGGAGGCCUGAGGGCUGGCCUGUCGUCUGCCCGGAUCAAUUCAAGUGAUAUUAUUUUCUAUCUCUCCCUCCGUGCCAAUGAUACUAGCUAUGUGCCUGGCUGCCUGCCUAAUAGAACAAACCAAUUAUUAACCUGCUUAACAUUUAUAUUAAUAAUAGUAAUAAUGAUAAUAAUGUUAUAGUAAAAAAAAAAAAAAGAACAUGCAAUUUGCUAUAUUUUCUCGUAUGUUAUUUCUAAAGGCAAAUAAUGCUUUGUUGUUGUUAAUGUUUUUGCAUUAAGUGGUGCUACAAUAGGUAGGCCUUACUUUAUUUUGGUUUUACAUUCUUCUGAGUUUCGGGUGGGAUGUCUUGAUUUUUUUUGUUGUUCUUUUGUGUUAUUAUGCAGACGUUUUGUUUUUUGUUACCAUGACAACAGCAGUCCCAUGGAAACGGUACAGCGAGAGACGUGGUUGUGUGUACUUAACGUGUGUGUGUGUGUGUGUGUGUGUGCGUGUCUGGAGGUGUGUGUAGGAUGCUUCCGUCCCAAGGUGAUGAUGAUGAUGAUGAUGAUGAUGAUGAUGAUGAUGAUGAUGAUGAUGAUGAUGAUGUAAAGAAUAUGAAGUCUUGCUCAGGGUUCCCACAGACGCUCAAAACACAAACCAAGCUCCAGUCCAAGAUGUCCGCUGUCACUUUUGUCUUACGUGCGUCAUCAUUCGAUACCUCCUCCUCACAGUCGGUUCGACGCGGUCUUAAGUGUGUUACUUCUAGUGUUUUGUUUGGUAGGGAAAGUCGCAUAGGGAGUCAAACCCUAGUUUGUUUACAUUAGCCUCAUAGGUCAAAGGAUGAGUCAAGAUGGUGUUGGAUUCAAACUACAUGGCAGUGAAUUCAGAAGUUAAGGUCCUGGUAUUGCUGUUAUAUGAGAAAACACAGGAAAACAAAUUUCGCAGUUCAAAAGUUCACGAUUUUAUUAAAGGAAAAACUAAUUUAAAUUGUUUGAGGAAACACUAUCCAUACCACCAUUUUGCCUACAAAUCAAAUCAAAACACUUGCGUUUCAGGAGAACAGUAGGUGCUCCAAAUAGAAAAGGUUUCAAAACGUAUUAUUAUAUUUUCAAAUCCCCAAAUAGCCAUUCCCUGAGGAUAGCCCCUCCCCCUGCUGCACAGCUGCCUUAGUUGCUAGGAGACGGUGACAACAACAAAAACAAAACAGGAAUAUGAUCUCGAACUGACUCUUUUAGUCUGAAGCAAUGGAUGAAUAGAAAGAAAAGGUUAUAGUAUUUGUUUUCGUGAGGUUCUCUUUAUUUUCAAUGCUUUUUUUCCAUCCAGUAUAUGUAUUAACGGAGGAGUCGGUUAUCACGCCAGUAUUUGUAUUAUUAUUAUGAAAUAUAAUAUUGUUAUUGAUAUCACAUUGAUACAACAGUAGUAAGAUUUUGAUUUUGACAAAAGAGCUAAGCCGUCCAGCUGGUGUGAUAACGGACACAAACUGCGCUGUUAGUCGCCAAACAGACUGAACGAAGCGGUUGCGUUGUGAACUGAACCAGCGAAAGAGCCAGGAGACCACAGACGAGACCUUUAUUCUAAUGGUUAUCCAAAGAAGUAUGCAGAUCUCACCUCUUAACAUCACACGUUGUGUGCAUACACUGCGUCCCAGCCUGAUUAAAUCACCUUAAUGUAAUUCACAGUAAAACAGUUAUUUCAUUUAAACAAUCCAUUCUUUAAUGUAGGGGAUAACCUUGUGAUUUACAUCUCAAAGAUUAGAAAUCGAUCUUGACCAAGUUUGAACCGUGCAGUAAACACAAGUUGAUCCCCUCCGAUAUGACUUUGGAAACGCUAGAGUUAUGCAACCCCUUACUUGUGCCUAUGACCCGACUGUUUUCCCCACAAUCACAGAAAACUUUUGAAGCGGCCAGGAAACCGCUGGUACUUAAAUACAUAUGGCUAUGCAAGCGUUAAAAACCACAUCGGUAAUACAACUGACAAGGAAACUGUUAAGACUCAUCAAUCAAGACUCGUAUCUUUCCGGAACUUGCCAUAUCCAUGCAUGCUACGUUGAGUCGAUGCUAUUGUCUAUUUUAAUUUCAAAAUGGGUGUUUCGUCGAGGGACGUUUGGAUGGGUUCACCGGUACCUGCACGAUGGGUCCGCCUGUCAGGAUAAAGAUUUCUUCACUCCGAAUCUGUCAAAUGAAAAGUUGAAGCGUGACAAAUCGCCAAAAUCUAAUCUCCGGAGUCGACACCAGCUGGGUACGGCCGCUGCUCUUUCUGAUUGGCCGAGAGCAAGCGGAGAAGUGACAACACCUGGCACUAAUUGGUUGCUCGUUUCGGGGCUAUUUCCCGAUGCCCCUUGAAGCCAGAGUUUUAGCAUUGUGGAACACUUAAGGGAAACUGUGUAACCCAUCCAACGCCCGGUUGAGAAAACCUUACGGAGGCUUUUCCCACCGCCCAAUCGGUGUGCGGUAUUUUACCCCUUAAGGAUCCGAAUAACUAAAACGUUUUUUUUUUUAAUUUUGAAAGGACAUCCCCGGUAAUUCUAGUCUGUUCAUUUUUUCUUUAUUUUCAAUUGCGUCUGCCGUGUGCAGCAACGGUCGCUCCGCUGCGCACCAGUUGUUCCGUGCGGUGCGGCUCUCUCGGUGCCAAUACGGAGCACUUUGUAAGGUCGAGAGCUACGGGGGGGACGACAAUCCGCCAGCAGGAGAGGAACGCAUAAAUACACGAAUCAAAUGAAAACCUGUUUACAACUGCCAAUGUAGCAAAUAAAAUAAUAAUGAAAAACGCGGGCGCAAAAAAAAACAACGAAUACAUGAAGGAUCCCCAGGGGGUGGGAGCCUUUGGUCGGACAAGAGGAGAGGGAGAGAGGCAACGCUGGUACUGCCUUGUAGGCCUUGAAAACAAUGGGCAAAGCAGGGGAGUGCAUGUUUUAGGGCGUACACAUGGGAAGUGAUAUUAUCUCUUGAGUGUGCACUCAGCUUUCAUAUCUUGUUCAGAGUUCUGCUGUCCAAUCUGUUCUGUUUGCUCCUCUUUCCCUCUAUUUCUCCUCUGACCCUUUUGUUUUCCAUACUUAACGUUUUUGUCUUCACACAACGGUUGUUUUAUACGGUUUGUUAUUUUCCUGGAUUUAUCCAUUGACAUGUGUGUCUCUCGUUCUCUCUCCCCUGCUGUACGUCAACCUCUCUCGCCCGACCCUCCCAAUCUCCGGUCUUUUCCCUGCUAGAGCUGACGUGUGAUGUUAAAAGCUAUGCUCAGUCUGCCUGUAUUCGCCGUGCGUGUGUGUGUGUGCGUAUGUUUGCUGAUCCCGACCUUGUGAGGACCUCAGCAUGUCCUCACUUUUACUUUGUAAGUGUCUUUGACUUCGGGUAUCGAAAGUAUUUUCACAUUUCAAAGUAAUUGCAGCACUAAUUGCAGGCUUUCAACGUUUUUUUACGUUUUUGAUUAGCUUGUUAUGAUUGGCGUGCUCUGAUUGGCUCGUUCUGAUUGGUCCACUUGUGUGGCUCGUUCUGAUUGGUCUACUUGUGUCGGGUCGAGUUUUAGUUCUCUCGACUCUUAAGGGACCAUGUGAGCUGUUGGGUGUAGUGGGAACGCGUCUGUGUGUUUCUGUGAUGUAACCACAUCUGAAUCCCACUGCUGGAAGGAUGUUGGUCACUUCCUCUGUUUCAUAGAGAUUUAUGUUAGCGUUUACAUACGAGGCCUUAAAACUUAGCUCGAUUUUUGUUUUGUUUGUAUUUCUUUGUCAUCGCUCAAUGCCUUGCAAAGUGUUGACACAAUUCAGCUGUGUUGCUUGCACGCACACAACCGCACACACACAGAUAUACACACGUGGUACAGAAUGAGUGUGUGCAUAUUGGGAUGUGAUAACUUUGAGACAAAGAAGAUAAUAGGCCAGUUUAGAAAUGGUCAAGUACAUACACAUAAAUACACCCACGCACACACCCACACACACAUCGACUUUGUACAUUUAACCGAUAUGUUUUCGUUCGAAUUUUGUCUAUUUAGUUUAAUCUUUUUUUUUUUUUUUUUUUAAUAAUGGGAUUUUUAUUUUGUAUUAUUUGUUUCCUAUGUUGUAUUUUAUUCAGCUACUUUCGUGUACGUUACAUCGUCUUUUAGGAUUUUUAUGUCAUGCAAAAAAAAAAAAAUACUCAACAUAUUUUGACAGCCAAGAGAAGUUUGUUACACAGCUAAACUUGAAGAAUAAUGUCCAUGAUAUGAUGAUGAUUAAUAAAAGUAAUAACAGGCAUAUUUGAAGG